AUGUCCGGAGCAGCUCGUGCAGCCCGCCGGGCAGGGGGCGGGGCGGAGGGGGCGGGGUCCGUGGGCGCGUGGCGGGAAGCGCGGCGGGCGAUGGCGGGCGUGGAGGGCGCACCUCGGGGCUCCUGCGCCGCUGGCCAGGUGCGCGUGGUGCUGCGCCCGCUGGCGCUGCCGGAGGCCUUGGGCCGCUGCGCGGAGGGGGCGGCCGGCGGAGCCCCCCCGGACCCCGCGCCCGGCCCGCGCCCGACGGCCGGACCCAGCGAUGGCGGCGGCGCCUCCUCCACGUGGCGCAGGGAGGAGGAGGAGGAGGAAGAGUCGGGCGCCCCGGGGCCGCUCUCCGCCUACGAAAGGAAGAGGCUGCAGAACCUGCAAGAAAACGCCGCCUUCUUCGCGUCCUUGCAGCUGCUGGAGUCAGCAGCAAGGCUUCGUAAAAUGACAACCAGAGCUCAUCCUUACAGAAUAAAAAGGGUUAAGCAGACAAAAACAGAAGUGAAGACAACCCUUCGAAGAUCGAUGCGCUUGCAGCGAGUAGAUCCCCUGGAAGUGCCCCUCCCGGAGACGCAAACUCUGGCAGAACCGUCAGCUGAAGAGCAGCCCCGUUUGCCACCAGGUCCCAUUCAGAUGAUACCUGCCAGCCAAGAUCACAUACCUGAAUCGACAGAAGAAUUUCUGAGUGAAUGGGCAAAAAUAAGUCAGGUCAAGCACAAGAAGACCGAGAUGUCUCUGCCACCUCACUUGGAGAGUUACAAAGCUGGUCUGCGUGGCAUGGUUCUCCGAGAAGACGCGGUCGCAAAAGUGGUCCAUACCCGGAUUUACUCUGUGGCUGUUCACCCAUCUGAAAGCACAACUUUGGUGGCAGCUGGAGACAAGGAGGGGCACGUGGGCCUGUGGAAUUUGGAUUGCUCCUUGGGAGAGGGGGUGUGUGCCUUUCUUCCCCACAGCCGGCCAGUUAGCUGCCUGCAUUUUUCUCCUGUGAACCCUGCCCAUCUUCUGUCCCUGAGCUUUGAUGGCACCAUGCGAUGUGGAGACAUUGCUCGAACCAUCUUCGACGAGGUGUACAGGAAUGAGGAGUACGCCCUUUCCUCCUUCGACUUCCUGGCAGGUGACGCCUCCACUUUGCUCGUAGGCAUGUGGGAUGGAAGGGUGACCAUUUUGGACACACGGACACCAGGGACAUCUGCUGAGCUUUCUGCAGAUCUUAAUUCAGUAGUGAGGACUGUCCACAUCCACCCAUUAAGCAGACAGUAUUUCAUUGCUGCGGGAGCCAGGAAUGUUGGCAUUUACGACAUCCGGCACCUGAAGAAGAGUGGAAGCCAGCCCGUAGUGUCUCUCACGGGGCAUUCAAAAAGCGUGGCUUCAGCCUAUUUUUCCCCUAUCACUGGCAAUCGGGUGGUGACCACUUGUGCGGAUGAUACCUUGAGGAUUUAUGGCACCAAUUGUUUAUCAUCGAUGGCUCCCAUUCUUACAACUGUCAGGCACGGCAACAACACGGGCCGCUGGCUGACAAGGUUCCAAGCGGUGUGGGACCCCAAACGGGACGAUUGCGUUGUGGUGGGAAGCAUGUCUCGACCGAGACGAAUCCAGGUCUUCCACACCACUGGAGAGCUGGUGCAUUCUUUCUCCAGCGAAGACUACCUUGGCUCCGUCUGCUCCAUCAACGCCUGCCACCCGGCCAGGUACAUUGUAGCUGGUGGCAAUUCUAGUGGCCGCCUCCACGUUUUCAAAGAGUGA